AUGGCAGAAAGCACACCAACACCUGCAUCCUCAUCUGGCGAGGCUCGACCAGCGCUAGCAGAAAUGACGAGCAAGGAUUACUACUUCGAUUCGUAUGCACACUUUGGAAUACAUGAGGAAAUGUUGAAAGACGAAGUCAGAACUGUCACGUAUCGAAAUUCAAUUUAUCACAACAAACACUUGUUCAAAGAUAAAAUUGUGAUGGAUGUUGGUUCGGGGACUGGAAUCCUUUCAAUGUUCGCGGCCCGUGCUGGAGCAAAAAAAGUAUACGCCAUGGAGUUCUCGAACAUGGCCCUACAGUCUCGCCAAAUUAUCAAAGACAACAAUCUUGACGAUAUCAUCACGGUGAUUCAAGCUAAAGUAGAAGAUGUAACAGAACUUCCCGAUGGAUGUGAGAAGGUUGACGUCAUAGUGUCUGAGUGGAUGGGCUACUGCCUAUUCUACGAAUCCAUGCUUAACACAGUCAUUUUUGCGAGAGACAAGUGGCUGAAAGAAGGCGGUCUUAUUUUCCCAGACAAGGCAAAGUUGUUUUUAUGUGCUAUCGAGGAUCGACAAUACAAGGAAGAUAAAAUUCACUGGUGGGACAACGUUUAUGGAUUCAACAUGUCUGCAAUAAGAAAAGUUGCAAUUACCGAACCUUUGGUGGACGUUGUGGAUAACGCUCAAGUAGUUACGAAUAAUUACUGCUUGAAGGAAAUUGAUCUCUAUACAGUGAAGGUUGAGGAUCUCACUUGGACGUCAGACUUCCAGCUACGUUGCGCGAGGAAUGAUUACGUCCAGGCUCUAGUAACAUUUUUCACAGUCGAAUUCUCCAAGUGUCAUAAGAGAACGGGAUUCUCGACUGGUCCUGAUGUACAGUAUACCCAUUGGAAGCAAACAGUUUUCUAUCUUAUGGAUGCCCUCACUGUGAAAAAAGGUGAAGAAAUAACGGGAUACUUUUCUGUUACUCCCAACGCUAAGAACGAACGUGACCUCGAUUUCAAAAUAAAGGUGGAUUUCCACGGUGACGUUUGCGAUUUGACUGAGGAGAACAUUUAUACGAUGCAUUAG